GCAAGCAGUUGAAAUCGGAUCUUUUAACUAACUCAAAAGCUACAUAAGCUACAUACAAUUAUGGAUAACGCAUCACUACCGCCAAUGCCUUUGAUUCUGAGGAAGAAAAAUGACGAUACCAGGGACAAUUCGAACUAUCAGCAAAGACAUGCAAACUACAGACGAAAUUCUCAUCAUGUGCAGGAGCGAUGCCCAUUCUGGGACAAAGUCGGGGCAUGCAGACAUGGAAAUAAAUGUGUAAGAUUACACACUAGGCCAAAGAAGUCGAAAACUGUGGUGUUUUGGAAUUUAUUUCCAAACCCGGUUAGAACGUGCUACAAGAAAACUACAGGUAAGGACGGGACGGAAGAUGUUACAAACAACGGAGGAGACUUCGUGGUUCUCGAUGCCGAAAUAGAUGAAAGAAAAUUGAGCCAGGAAGCCGACAGGUUUUUCCAAGAUAUUUUUGUCGAGCUGUCUUUGAAAUAUGGAGAAAUCGACGAUUUGAUUAUUUGUGGGAACUACAACCCCCACCUUGGAGGUAACGUUCUGGUGAAAUUUAAAGACGAGAGAAGUGCCGCCAAAUCUUACCAAGAGUGCAACGACCGCUGGUAUGGCGAAAAACCCAUUUUCUGUGAACUUUCUCCAGUGUCAUAUUUUGAAGAUGCUGCGUGUAAAGAUUUUUCCGUGUCUGGAAGAUGCGACCGUGGAGACCAGUGUAACUUGAUACACGUUAGAAGACCAGAUUAUGGGUUGCGAAAGAAGUUGUUUGCCAGUCAGAGAGCAUACUACAAAGAUACAGACAGGUGACUUUUUGUAGGCUCCUAAGUUUUUUCUCCGCUUUAUAUCGAAUUCUAACUUCCGUUACGAACGCCAAACUUUCUCCCAGAGAUAGGUGGAUUGUACUUGUUUUAGAUAAAUGCAAUGAUCUAACACUUUGUAUAUCACACCAAAAGCCAGC